AACAAAUCCCGGCGUGCCCCUGGGCGGCCCGGGGUGGAGGGUUCUAGAAGGCGUGACGUGGGGUCGAGAGCGGGCUCAGAGGCGGGCACCUCUCAGCAGUCGCUGUGGCCGCAGCCGCCGGGCCUGGGGACGCGGGCGGCCGGGGCCGCGGGCGCAGCCUCCUCGUCUCCCCGGCCAUGGCCGCGCUCGGCCGGCCCUUCAGCGGCCUCCCGCUGAGCGGCGGCCCGGACUUCCUGCAGCCGCCGCCGGCCUUCCCCGGCCGGGCCUUCCCGCUGGGAGCGGACGGCGCCGAGCUGGCUCUGCGGCCGGGACUCCGCGCCGCCCCGAGCAGCCCCGGCGGGAGCGCGGCGCGCGGACGUGUUUCAGUUCGCUGUAAAAAGAAACACAAGCGAGAGGAGGAGGAUGAUGAUUGUCCGGUAAGAAAGAAAAGGCUAACUGAAGCAGGGCUCUGUGCUGGUCCUAAUGACUGGAUUCUUUGUGCACAUCAGGCUAUAGAGAGUCAUGGAGUAAAUCCGUGCACUAGUGGCCUCUCUGCACCUGGCAUGUUAGAUGUUAUUUGUGAAGAAAUGGAUCAGACAACCGGAGAACCACAGUGUGAAGUUGCCCGAAGGAGGCUUCAAGAAAUCGAGGACAGGAUAAUUGAUGAAGAUGAAGAAGUGGAAGCUGACAGAAAUAUUAACCAUCUCCCCAGUCUUGUUCUUUCUGAUACCAUGAAAACAGGUUUGAAGAGGGAAUUUGAUGAAGUCUUUACAAAGAAAAUGAUUGAGUCCAUGAGCCGUCCUUCCAUGGAGCUCGUGCUCUGGAAACCUCUCCCUGAACUCCUUUCUGAUAAGCCAAAGCCGUCAUCUAAUGCUAAGAACUACACAGGAGAGAGCCAAACUAAGCAUGCCGCUGCUGGCACUGCCUUUCCUGGGAGAACUGAACUGUUCUUGGAACCUCGGCAAACAGGGAUGCCUGUUUACAAUAGUUUGGAGACAGCUGCUUGCACAGAAGAAGAGAUGGAACUCUAGAAACCAGUUUCUGUGCUAAAAGUUGUCAAAUUUUAGAAGGCUCAUGUGUUUAGUCGUGAGCCUACUUGUAUUUGUAUAGAAUAGGGACUUGAAAGUUUUAUGAAACGGGUGUAAUAAUAUCUCCACCUGUGAUUUGGGGUGGGACUCUCAUUUUGGGUAGCCAUUUCGUGAAUCCAACUUUUUGCCAAGGAAGCUUGUCUCAAAGGUAAACAGUUUUCCACGGGGCUUAUUAAGGAAAUGGAAAUUACAGCCCGCAAAGGCAAGUAUGGAAGCUGUGUGUCUAAGGGUGACUUAAGUCAUCUGUCACAUUGUCUAAACCAUUCAGAUAGUUGGCGAAUAUUCAGACACUUGAAUUUGAAACAAUGCAUUAAGAAAGAAGGAUGCUCCUACUAUGACACUAUCCUGACAGCCAAGUCAGAACUGCGUCUAUAGAUCGGAACUCGUUUACAGUGGUGACUACAUAUGAUUGGGAAGAGGAGGGAGGAAAGCAGUAGCGUAGACUAUUGCUAAGAUUUAACAGAGGCUCUGAAGCUUGUAUAUUGUCAAAUCUGUGUAGCUGCAUUGAUUAAAUAGCUGGUAGCGUUGUGGCUCACUUCUUAGCCUCUGAAAAUGCAAUGAAAAUACAAAGAAAAGGUUUUUCCUUCAAGGCUUUUUUGCCUUGUGCUACUGUUGCUCCUUGGUUUCCCUAGCAUAAUUGAU